UUUAAAAAUGAGAAAAUUAAAAUAAUCAUUUUCCCGCACAAAACCAAAACCUCUCUCUCACUCUCACACUCUCAGUGAGGAAUCCACACCACACUCAGUCCGUACAAUCGAUCGAUCUCAUCGGAGAACCCUAAAAAUGGCGUCGGAAGAAGCGACGGCGAACACGGAGACGGAGGAGGAGACGAUCGCCGUGAAGAAGCAGAAGCGCUCGCGGCGCGUGAGCUUCGCCGACGUGGAGAUCACCUCCGUCCACAUCUUCAACCGCGACGACGAAGACCUCUCCUCCUCCUCCUCUCCCAACUCCACCGGCGGCCAUCCUCAGAAGCCUCUAGGGCUUUUCAGUGACCUCGUCGACGGCGACGAUUUCAGGGACUCUUCUCCCAACCAGCACCGCAACCCCUUCUUGCGCCCUUUGGGAUCUCCCUCUCUCUCUCCCUCUCCGUUCGCUGCCUCCGCCUCCUCCGUUGACGACGAAGACAACUUUUUUGGUCCUGUAUCAGCAGAUUUCAUUAGACCUGAAAGGUUAUUAGAUUCUGCUGCAUCUGAUGAUAUUACGAUGGAUUCAACCGCAUUUUCUAUGCAUUUCCGUAGUCUUGCAAGGUCGGAUUCAGGAGGAGAUGCCAAGACCCCAACGGCGCAUCGUCUUGACUUUGAAGAGAAAACCCCUUCCCAGAAUGCUACGCCUACUGAUUCUGACAGUUUAAUGGUACUAACUAAGGCUAAGAAACCAGGUCUGCAGUCUUUAGUGCCUGUUGAUAAAGUAAGUGGUGGUAAAGAUUCUAAUGACAUGAGUAUUGUGGGAGAAAACCCACGGAGUUUUGAUUAUGGAAGGCUAUCUCCCAGAUUAGAUGCACUUUUGGCUGACGGCAGCGAGGAUUUGAAUGCUGUCUCUGAUUCUAUGUUUAUCGAUUCGGAUUUAUUAAAGAGCACCGAGGAUAUGCAUAAUAUGUUUGCUGAGGCAGUGGAUCUGGCUCGUACAAAGAUGGGUGAGGGAAAUGGUGGCUUUAUGUCCUGUCCUACUGAUCAGAUUAUAUAUGAUCACCAAGUCGUGACUCCCAAGCAGUUCAAUAAAGGGAGUAAGGAAUUUACUGAAGAUGCAACUGGAACAAGGAGGCCAAUAUUUCAGUUUACUGAUGAUAAUAGAGGCACCCCAUCUAAUGAGGAUGGUAGAGUUCUUAAGUCAGAUGUCUAUGCUCAGCAUGAACCUGAAUUUCAACCUUUGAGUGGAGGUGGGGUAAAAGAAAAUUCUCCUGAAAUCAGGAGAUGUGACUCUGAUAUUGAUCAGAAAUCUGGCCAACGAUAUAGAUCUCCUUUUGAUGGAUACAUACCUUUGUUAUCUUCUAAACAACGGGAAUUAUUUGUGAAUACUCCUAAUUCAACCCAACAUAUGGGGAUUGUGACCCCUUCCUCAAAACCACCAGGUUCCUUUUUAAGCAAGGAAAGGAUUAGGCAUGUUGCAGGUUUGUCUUCCCUUCCAAAAAGCAUUUCCAAGUUUAAUAUUCCUGACCCUUCUCCCCGCCCCUCUAGUCUCAUAGAGGGAAUUGACAAAUUGAAGCAGAGAUUAUCAAAUUACUCCUCUAUGCCCUCUCCCUUGAAUACUGCUUCAGCUGGGAAUAGUAGAGAACUUCAAUACAGAUAUUUGCAUAGUCCCAUUACUUGUUUAGAGGAGCGCUUGUCAACUGCUGAUGUGAAGAAUGGAGAAGAUAAAAAUUUGAUCAACAUAGAUGGUGAUGGAAUUGAGUCCCCCAAAAGCAUUGGUAAGUUGGGCCACAAUAAAGAGGCUGCAGGCCUUGCAAAAGAUAGAGUAUCUCCAGAUUACAUGUCUAUGGGCCUUCUUUCCAAAGAUAAACCUAAGAAGCUAAUGACAGUAGGGGCUUCUCCAUCUCAGUUCACUCAAUCAGGAGGGAAAGUGAAGCAAAAUUUCUUGAUGCCAGAAAAUCCUAGAGAAAGGGCACUGGUUACUUCUGGAACUGAUUCCUCAUUGGUGAAGAUCAAACUUGAUAACAGGGAAGUAACUAAAGGAACUGUUAUAUCUGAUCAGUUGGUUUCUGCUCCGGUGAAAAGUUUAGAUCAGAACUUAACAGCAUCCAUUGAAUAUCAAGGCAGUGUCACCCGCCAAUUUAAACAGCUGUAUCAGCAUAAUAAAUUUAUUUCCUCUCCAGUUAAAAGUUUAGAUCAGAACUUAACAUUCAUGGAAUAUCAAGGCACCGUGUCCCAUGAGUUGAAGCAGUUGGAUCAGCAUAAUAAACUUGUUAGUGCUGGUUUAGGGCACAAUGGAGAUUCUGUUGAAAAUGUUACUAGAAAUGGCCUUUCUACUCUGGUAGGUGACAAACUGGAUUCCUUGCCAUCUGAAAGGAGAGCUGAGUCUGACUCACCCUUCUCAAAGACUAAUUAUGUCAAAGGGUUUGCUGAAGUAGAAAGUGUUAUUGAUAAUAACCUUUCCCAUAUUCAAAAUGAAUCUGAAACCUUUACAAACUUCCAGAACUCUUCCAGGGGCAAGGACAUUAUGAAUCUUCAGAUUGAAAGCCCAGAUAAGAACCUUAAAGCUGGAGCAGACCCACCCCAGUACAUGUCAUAUUCUUGUGAUAGAAGUGAAAAUGAACUGCCCCUUGAAAAGAGUUCCCCCAGCAAACAUCUGGCCCAGAGUCUUACUUUGAAAGAGUCAACUCCAAGCCGCUCCAUACAAGAUCCAUCAAGUGCAUCAUGCAGUGACAUGAUGCCCCCUUUCAUCGGGAAAGCUGUACUAUCACCCAGGUCCAAUUCAAGUAGACACGACAAUAACUGCCGUCACGAAGUUUAUAUUUCACAGAGUCCUGUUCAUGUGCAGAAUAUUGAUAAUUAUUCCGGACAGAAAAGAAGAAAUGUACAAAUAGUUUUUGGGGAUGGAGACCAUAUACAUAAAUCAGCCAGACUGCAGAGAAGUCCAGAAGGUCAUGGAAGUGAGGGUUGUAAUUCUGAGUUCAUUUUGGAACACACUAAUGAAAUAAACAAUGGAGAGAAGAUUGGAGGUGACCAUACUAAGAAUUGGGUUGAUAUUUUAGCAAAGUUCUUAGGUGAUACAAAACAACUGUUUUCUGAAUCCAUUGAUAAGCUAAAUUUAAAAUCGAUUUUCAUGCUCGAAGAUAUUUUGGUUCACCUAUUAACGGUUAAAAAAUAUGAGAUGCUUUGUUCAGAAAUUCAGUCUCAGAUAAAAGCUGACCACCUCGGUAAUGUUAGGCAUAAAAGAGUAGCUGAAACAAGGUUGUUGUUGUAUAAACUUGUGUAUGAAAAGGCAAAAUUGCAAUUAAUGGGUGUGAAGCGUGACAUGUUUCUGAAAAGAGUACUGCUAUUGAGCUCUGGAAUUCAGGAGAGUCAAAUGUUGGAGUCGAAAAUUGAACAUCUAUCUGAAUAUAGUUCAGGAAAUGCUCAAAUUGAGCAUAUUAAUCAGUCUAUAGUUGAUUCAGAGGGCACACAUAAAUUCCUAACAACACAGGUUCCUGAUAAAGCACAUGUUGUACAGCACCAGGUUUCCUGUGACAAAGUGACCACAAUGAGGCAGGAGUCUGAAGCUUUAGAUGGAAAGAUAAAGAGUUUGAUCAAAUGUUUUCACUCUAACUGUACGAUGAAAGGAGAACCAAGCUGUGCUGAUACUAUUGCAUUAGUUCAUGAUCAUCUGGAGAAGAGAAUGUGUUGCAGGUUUAUACAACAGGAUUUACAGUUAUGGGAAGUUGAUCAUUUUGAGAGUAGGAAUGGUCAUUACAAUAUUCUCCUCAACUAUCAGGGCUACAUCAGCCAAAGAUUCACAGUAAAUGCUGGUCCAGCAUCAAGCAUUAUAAUCUCAAACAAAUUGAAUAAUGAAAACAUCUUAAAGAAUUUUCCAAACAUGGAUGCUUGCACUGCAUUUGCAUUUGUGUUCAGUGCUGAGACCACGAAGAAGUAUAUUGGUUCAAGAAGUUUGGCGCAAGAGACACAAAUAACCAGUUCAUGUCUACGUAAGCUACUAGAUGUGGUCGAGGAAGUACAAUCAACCCAGAUUGAGAUUAGAAAUCUAAUCCAGACAAGUUUUUAUUCUCCAUCUGUUGAGCAGCUUGAUUUGCGGCUUUGUUUCAUUGAUUUUUAUAGUGGUUGGAAGGUGACAUUGACUCUUGACAUGACAUGUUUGAAUUGUGGGGUUUAUCCUUCAGAGAUCCUUCCAAAAGAAAUGAAAGCUUCCACUGCUAAGCCAGAGAGCUCUUGGCCUCAGUCACUCAUAGCUGAAAUAAGAGAUUCAGCUGAGAAUCUUAGAGCAGGAUCUUCAAGGAUAAUGAGAUUCUGUAGGUGUGUUUCUCAGCUGAUGCAAACUUCCUGCAGAUGAAGUGUUGCCAGGGGGAGCUCAGAGGUGGCACUGACAAUCUCUUCAAUUUGUCCAGACUGCUUACUUGGGAAAUAUGUUCGUUUUUUUUCUUUUGGUAGAUUUUACAGUACAGGUGACUGAAUCUUCUCACGUAUUUUUCACCGGGAGAUAACCAGAGUUAUGCUUUUCACCAAAAUCUGUAGGAACUAAGAAGGUUGUACAGUGAACUUGGUGGCAUGAUUUAAGCAAUGAGAUUGUCCUUCCAAUUUUAAGUUUAGAUGUGAUAAAGUUGAAGAGCAAUUCAGUUGUAUUCGUUUUUGUUCAUUAUGAAUUCAUUCUCCACCAAUAAUUUUUCUUAAUGGUUCUUUAA